UGCGGAUACUAUUUUUAAAUCUCUUCGAAACCUUAUCAAAUCGUAUUUUCGUUCGUCAGUAUGUGUCAAUUUAACGCUUGUGUCGUAGCUAAUUGUUAUCAGUUUCUUUAGUAACUAAACAUUAGUCUAAUGACAUUUCACAGACUUGAUUAAGUAUUGAUGGUCUAGCGUGUUUUGCAACUUUCCAUGCCUCGUUUGUCCUUGCUCACAAUCUUUCCAAGUGUCUUUCAUUCACAUUUAUCAACAUUAUCAGUUAUUUCUGGUUUACUAUUUGAUGAACAACUUGCUUUGUCGCAAGAUAUAGGACUACAUUCUCGACUGCAUCGUUCGGCGGAAUUGAACUUUUCGGAUUUUGAUGGGCUUAACACUACUGAUUUGACCAAUGUAUCGUAUGAACUAAAAGGGUUUUAUAGUUUAGGUGACAAUCUGGUUUCGAUUAGGGGUCGAAAUUCAUUAGCUACCACAGGAUUGCCAAAUUAUGAACAUCAUACUGGAGUAAUAUCUAACCAACCCAACAACACUAUUAUUUCACACAAGUCAGAAGGGAAAAUUUUGUUUGAAGUUGUGACUGCUGCAACGGCGUCUGAGGAAGCUUUUCUCAAUCGUUCUUCUGUUUUGUUUGUGGCUGUUUCGUUCAUUCUUCUUAUGGUGAUCAGUUUAGCAUGGCUCGUAUUCUAUUAUGUUCAGCGGUUCCGGUACCUACACAGCAAGGAACGAGUUUCCAGAAGACUUACGGAAUUGGCGAAAAAAGCUGUUGCACGUAUACCUAUCAAAACCCUGCAUUCUGGAGAUUGGGAAAUAACUUCGAACUAUGAACAGUGCGCAAUAUGUAUUGAACCUUUUAAAGCAAUGGAUAAUAUUCGCAUUCUUCCUUGUCGACAUCACUUUCACAAACUUUGUAUUGAUCCUUGGCUUCUGGAACAACGUAGUUGUCCUAUGUGCAAACUGGAUAUUUUACAAGCAUAUGGUUUUCGCGCGGAGUUGUUUUGCAGUUAUACAAACUUGGAAAGCUUAUCUAAUCAAGUACUCUCUACCUCUGGUCCAACUUUAUCCAUAUCUUCAGUUUGUUCAACUUUCUCUAAUCUGGUAACGGGCAAUUUUUCCAGCCCACGAACGAGUAAUGAUGUUUCUGUGAUAGAAAGCCUUUCGUUAAUUACUAGUCAACCACAAAUUAUGAGUAACCUACUGACAGUCGCACAUGGAUCUCCAGUGACUUAUGUCGUACUAACUGGUACUAAUGGUUUCGCUAAUGCUACCGACUCGAUAAUAAUUCAUGCUCAGUCGUUCCCUAAGACGAAUGAACAGUCGAGUCUUGAAAAUCCAGUUUCAGCUCCACUCAUUCAAAAUGAUGACAUGACUCUACCAAAUCGUAGUAUGACAAACAGUAUUACCAUCCCAUUGUUAUCAAAUUUAUCUAUCCCUCCAAAGCAGUUGGCUACUUCGUCUGUAUGGAGCACAAAUCUCUUACCAGUAUGUGUUGUUACAUCUGUUAGUAUAUCAGAAUCAUGUCAACCUAGAGCGCUUAUGGUCUGCGAAUCAUUCCUUGGCAAUAUAUUUCAUCAAACAUGUUCUGUUGUGACCGCAACAGUAGGCUCAUUAACUGGUCAUUCAAUAUCCAUGUCUAAUAAUAAUAAAGAGGCAACAACUUCGACCACUCAAUCGUUAACGGGUCCAUUAUGCUCAACCACCCAUGAUUCAGAGAUUUUAUCAAUACAUCAAAUGAAUUUUAUUUACACUAACUGUCCAGGACAUUUGACAUCGCAGACAAAUCUGUCUGUAGAACAACCACAGGCAACUUGUCCCACCAAUAAUCCAGUUAAUUUAAAUUCGUCACAAUAUCCAAUGAAUCAGCGUAAUUUGCGUAUAAUAAAUUUUAAAAAUAUAUUUCAUCCUGAUAAACCUCUUAAUAGUAACAUUCCUCCUCGAAAUGACCAAUCGUCUGUGAAUGCAUUUCGUAAUUGGUUUACUCGCCACUGGUGUAAUACAUUUUAUCCACAGUCUAACAGUAAUAAACGAAUUAAUCGUUUUUCGUACAGUUCUCCUUCAUAUUAUACAACUAAUUCUACAUCUUCAAACAGUCCUAGUGUCAAUACAGAUGAAUUUGAUCAAUGUAAGUCAAAUUUAAUUAAUUCCAAACAACAAUCAUCCAGUACAUCAAGUACUAAAGAAUGUUAUGUAACUGCUGUUGUUGAAGAUGUACCAUCAGAGACAGGCAAUAGUUCUACACUAUCUGAAUCUAUGAAUAUACUUAAUUCAGAUCAGUUUACAAUUAUUCAUUCUACAAAUUCGGCAUCUAAUAGUUUCAGUCUACAUGGUACAACAUUAAAUUAGCAUUUUCUCAUUAAUUUCAAUUAAAUAAUUUUAUUAUGUUUAAAAUUGUUUUUCAACAAAUACAUUUAAUGUACACAUACAUUAGUGAAUUCGUAUUAUAUUUUGCCAUUUGUUGGUUUGAUUAUUUUGGAAUACAACAAAGAAAUGAAACUCUCAUAUUUUUAUUUGCUUCAUUUACUUUAAAUUACUUCUUGUACACAAACUAUCAAUAUAGUUAAAUACUGCUUAAAACAAUUUGUUCCUUAUUAUUACUAUUGAUGUUGUUGUUUAACAGUUAUUAAGCAUUCAAUACGCACUAUUUACUUGUUGUAUAUUUUUCAGUUUACGUUUUCCCAUGGGCUAUAUAUUGGUUAUUUUUACGAUGACUGAUCAUACCCAAUUAUGUUUUAUCAAUAUACUUGUUAGAUUUCAUUGAAUCAAACCAUUACGCCCUUUGUAUCAUUCCCUAAUAUACUUGAAUUCAUAGAAACCCAGCGUUUAUGCUGUUGUCUGUUGAGUGUGUGCAAUGUUCCGCGUGUGAUCUCAUUUAAGCUAUAUAUAUAUAUAUAACCUUUUCUUUGAUUUUUUUAAUUUUCCGUAUCAAAAAUAACUAAAUACUGGAAAAUUAUCUGUUAUAUUACUGUUGUCGUGAAUUUUUUUAAUCGUUCACUAUUUGUUUCUUUGUAUUUUCUGAGACAGAACGAUAAUUCAUCGGCUCGUCUAUUUAAAAAAACCUUCAGGUUAGAUAAAAAUUCUUCCCAAUAAACUUUUCAUUAUAAUUAUAUGUUUAUUGUAGAAUGAUCGGUUCUUCUUUACAUCGUUUUCCUAAACAGUUUUUGACUCUUCAUUUGUGCUGUCCUAACUUUUGUAUCUAGUAUUUUUUAGCCGCGUUUAAUAAAUACAUUGUAGAUCUGCUAUAAACUUAUUUGUUACUGAUGUUUGGUGAACAUGUUUAUGAAUCAUCAGUAAGUCAUUCUAUAGGCAUUAGGGGUGAGGCUAUGGUUAGAAUGUCAGUCGCAAAUAUCUAACAAAUGGUAAGUCCUUGAAAUUGAGUGUUGUAUUUUAUAACGAAAGCAUACAAAGUGCGGAAUCCGACUGAAUUGAUAAAAAUUACUUCAUUUUAUAAAAUCUAAUUGACACCUUUGUAUAUUAUUGUAAUCAAAAGUAUCACUUCCAUGCUAUAUGAUUCUUAAUUCGAAGCAGAACUCUCCAAUAUUAUUUAUUGCAUAACGCUAAUAAAUAAAAAAAUUCGUCUAAAGUUCAUUCAGGUGCAUCAUGAUACAACUGUAAUCAUAGCAAGUACCAAUGACUAACCAUAAUCAUUUAGUCAUACUGUUUACGAAAGACGGAAACUCAUUGCUGAAAAACAAGACAAGUGGGAUUACUGUGCCAUGUGAGUCUUUUCAUUUACAAUAUGCUACACACCGAAUACUAAGGGGUUUAUGUUUGGUUUUUUACCACUUAACGAUUAAUUAUGUUCUGAUAAUACCUAUUAAUUUAAAAUACAAAAUACUUAAACUCCAUGUUAGUUUACUUCUCUAUGAGCACAAAU